ACCGUCUCUUCCAGCGCACAACCCCUUGCGCCUGCCUGUCUCUCCUCCCUCCCCACUGAACCCCCUCCCCUCUUCCUUCUCCCCAUCUCCACCGGCCACCCCAAUUGCAACUGCCGCCUGAUCAGAAUUCCCCUCCACCGCUUCUGAUCAUUAAGCCAGCACAUCACAGCGAGCUAGGUUUAUAUAUGGCAGUGCGCUCCGCCACUGCCUAGGCUGCCAUACACAGCACAGCAAGAGCGCGCGCACUGAGGGCGGCUGCGGCGGCGCGCCGGAAUCAACCAACCAGUUCGACCGUAGCGCGCAAGGGAGUUCGCCGAGGUCUAGCAAGAUCGCCGGGCGACCCUCCACGCCAGCAAGCCCCCUUCUUGCGGCGACUCGGAGCAGGGCGUGCGUGAUGGCGGCGUCGUCGUCGACGGCGUCCUCGUACCGGUCGCGGUUCGGCGACACGACGCAGACGAAGGUGUUCGUGGGCGGGCUGGCGUGGGAGACGCCGUCGGAGGGGCUCCGGCAGCACUUCGAGCAGUACGGCGACAUCCUGGAGGCCGUCGUCAUCACGGACCGCCUCACCGGCCGCUCCAAGGGCUACGGAUUCGUGACGUUCCGGGAGGCGGAGGCGGCGCGCCGGGCGGUGCAGGACCCGAACCCGACGAUCACCGGGCGGCGCGCCAACUGCAACAUUGCCUCGUUGGGCCCGCCGCGGCCCGCACAUCCUCGAGGCAGGCCGUCGCCCGGGCCCUACUGGCAGCAGGGCCCGCCGGCUCCGGUGCCGCCGCAGGGCCCGCACUACUACAUCCCCAGCCCGAGGGCUCCUCCUCCGCAGCAGCAGCAGAUGGGCCUGAUGCCCAGCCCUGGCCCGGCGAUCUACCACCAGCCCCCUUCGCAGCCAUGGUACUGGUGCCCACCUGACUAUCAAUACCCACAGGCCAUGAUGACCCCUCAGAUGAUGCAGAACUACUAUGCUCAGCUGUAUGCUGCUGGGCUGGCGUCGCCGACAGGGCCACCGCCCUACCAUCAGUACGUGGGGUACAUGCAGGCCCCGACGCCCAGGGCGGCAGUGCUCUCGCCGGUGGCGCAGCAGAUCGCGGCGGGGCAGCCGUACGUGCCGCAUCCGGCGGCGGCGCAGAUGCAGGGCUUCUCCAUGCAGGUGCCUUCUCUUCCGCACAACUUCGCGCUGCAGCUGCCCUCCCAUGCAGUGUCGCUGCUGCCUCCCAACGCAACCGAUGUGCAGUCGGCUGGUGGCCAGGCCUCCUCCUCUGCAGCCGCGGCGACGAACGCGAACAUCACUCACCAGGGUGCCUGAUGGAAGGCUGGGAAGGGAGAUUCUGAUUGAUUCCAAACACCUUCGAAACUGACUGCUUUUCUGAUUUAAAGUUGUUGUUCCCAUCUCGACGGAUCUGGUGCGGACGAAGUUAUUAAUGGUCUGUAACAGUCUCUCAGGAUGCUUUGACUAGAAAAGACAAACCAUAAACAUCUCUUCCUUUCGAUGUUCUGGAUUCAUUUUCUUAAGUUCUGACAAAUAUUCCCAAAAAAAAUCUGAUCUUCUCCAA